AAAAAUAUUCUGACAUUUCUGUUGGGGGCGAAAAGUCGUUUUGUCGCAAGUUAUCGUUUGCAACAACAAGAAUCGGUCGAACAACAAAGUGAAUAUGCUGCGCUCCAAACUGACACAGGCGGCUUGCGCCGCUCAGAGAGCCUUUUCCACAACCCCACGAGUGUUGGCCGUCAAGCAAAUGACGGUACGUGAUGGUCUUAACAGCGCCUUAGACGACGAAUUAGCCCGAGAUGAUCGCGUAUUCCUGCUCGGCGAGGAGGUAGCACAGUACGAUGGUGCCUAUAAGGUAUCACGUGGACUGUGGAAGAAGUAUGGAGACAAGCGUAUCAUCGAUACGCCAAUCACAGAAAUGGGAUUCGCUGGCAUUGCGGUGGGUGCUGCCAUGGCCGGUUUGCGGCCCGUUUGCGAGUUCAUGACCUUCAACUUCUCAAUGCAGGCCAUCGAUCAUGUUAUCAACUCGGCUGCCAAGACAUUCUACAUGUCUGCGGGCGCCGUCAAUGUACCCAUCGUGUUCCGUGGCCCCAAUGGAGCUGCCUCUGGUGUUGCGGCACAGCAUUCGCAAUGCUUUGCCGCUUGGUACGCACACUGUCCCGGACUGAAGGUCGUCUCACCUUACGACACUGAAGAUGCCCGAGGAUUGCUCAAAUCUGCCAUUCGUGAUCCCGAUCCAGUUGUCAUGCUGGAGAACGAACUUAUGUACGGCACUGCAUUCCCCGUUGAUGACAAAAUCACCGAUGUGGAUUUCCUUGUGCCAAUUGGCAAGGCAAAGAUUAUGCGACCUGGCAAGGAUAUAACCAUUGUGGCGCAUUCCAAAGCUGUGGAGACAGCGCUGCAGACUGCCGCUGAGUUGGCUAAAAAGGGCAUCGAAGCUGAGAUUAUUAACCUGCGUUCCAUACGCCCGCUGGACAUGGAAACGAUUUUCGCCUCAGUCCGUAAGACCCACCACUUGAUUACAGUGGAAAAUGGUUGGCCACAACAUGGUGUUGGCGCCGAGAUCUGUGCCCGGUUUAUGGAGGAUCAGGCAUUCUUCGAACUAGAUGCGCCCGUCUGGCGUUGCUGUGGAGUUGAUGUUCCCAUGCCCUAUGCCAAGACGUUGGAGCUGCAUGCACUGCCCCGUGUCCAGGAUGUAACCGAUGCUGCUCUUAAGGUGCUCGGAGGAAAGGCCAGAGCUAAAUAAUCACUUAGACAACAAUCCACACGCUAACUAAAUUAACUGUUCUUAUCGAUUCGAUGGUCAUCAGUUGUCCAAAAUUUUACAAUCAGUUGCAAAUCGAAAACGUGAAAUUUUAAUUGUUUUGUCA